AGAAAAAAAAGCAUAUCGAGAGCAUGAGUGGGAGUGUGUGCAUCAGGGGACGCAUGUGGAAGUGAAACAGAUCCCUCAGGCCCGCGAGCCGAUCGCGCUGCAUUUGUCAGUCCUGCCCGGGCGACAUUUUUUCCCUAAGCUACUGCACACUAAGCAGAGAGAGAGCUUUCCUCGCAGCCUCCUUGAAGCCCCCUGAUUUUUUUUACUCAUUGUUGAGAAGCUCACGCGGAGGCCAAGGCCAAGGUGCACGAAGCCGCUGUCUGGACACCUAUGUGACCUACGCCGAUGUUUGAAGAGUCGUAGAUUGUGAAAAUGAACCCAAGGGAGAACUGGUGAAGUCACAUCGUGGGGGCAUCUCCAACUCUGACCUACUGAGGGAGCAGAUUGGAUCCAGGGAGCACCCCGGGCGACUGAGUGCAGAGUGACUACGUCUGGAAGGGGGAAAAAAUGUAGUUAUCGAGCCCAAUCAAGUGUGUCUCUGCGAUUAUCAGUAACAUCCGGUCAAGAAAGGUUCUGCUCGGUCCCACAGACAUAUGGCUGUCCAAGGAGCCACAUAAAGAUGGAGAAAUGGAGGCACAGGGAAAUUAAGUGACUUCGCCUCAGUCCCAAGCUGGGGAGGACCAGGAAGAGAACAUAGAAGGACCCUGACUCCGGGCCCGUGUCCUGCCCACGGAGCCACGCUGCCUCCCUUCCUAGGAGAGAAGACGCCCCACAAGAUGGAGGUGGACGCCGAGGAGAAGCGUCAUCGUACACGGUCCAAAGGGGUUCGAGUUCCCGUGGAACCAGCCAUACAAGAGCUCUUCAGCUGUCCCACGCCUGGAUGUGACGGCAGCGGUCACGUCAGUGGCAAAUAUGCAAGACACAGAAGCGUAUAUGGCUGCCCCUUGGCUAAAAAAAGAAAAACACAGGAUAAGCAGCCCCAAGAGCCUGGCCCCAAGCGGAAACCGUUUGCCGUGAAAGCCGACAGCCCCUCGGCGGAUGAGUGCUAUGAGAGCGAGGGGUCGGAGGGUGUGGACGAGAAGGAGGAGGACGAGGACGAGGAGUUCUCGGAGGACGAGGACGAGCACAGGGAGGAGGACGAGGAGGACGAGGAGGGGGACCGGGAGGACGAGGAGGAGCUCGAGGAGGAGGAGGACGACGACGAGGAGGAUGGGGAGGACGUGGAGGACGAGGAGGAGGACGAGGAGGAGGAGGACGACGACGAGGAGGACGACAAUGAAGACCAUCAAAUGAGCUGUCACAAUACUCGAAUAAUGCAAGACGCAGAGAAAGACGACAACAACAACGAGGAGUAUGACAAUUACGAUGAGCUGGUGGCCAAGUCCUUGCUGAACCUCGGCAAGAUCGCCGAGGACGCGGCCUACCGGGCUAGGACUGAGUCGGAGAUGAACAGCAACACCUCCACCAGCCUGGAAGACGGCAGCGACCGGAAUGAGACCCUGGGCCGGAAGGGCGAGCUGAGUCUGGACCUGGACAGCGAUGUGGUGAGAGAGACAGUGGACUCCCUGAAGCUGCUGGCCCAAGGACACGGGGUGGUGCUCUCAGAGAACCUCAACGACAGAGCGUACGCAGACUCUCUGUCACAGCAGGACAGCAGGAAUGUGAACUACGUGAUGCUGGGGAAGCCCGUGAACAACGGGCUCAUGGACAAGAUGGUGGAGGAGAGUGACGAGGAGGUGUGUCUGAGCAGCCUGGAGUGUUUGAGGAAUCAGUGCUUCGACCUGGCCCGGAAACUGAGCGAGACAAACCCACAGGACAGGAGCCAGCAGCAGAGCGUGAACAUCCGCCAGCAUGUCCGGCAAGAGGAAGACUUCGCGGGGAGGACGCCGGAUAGGAACUACUCCGACAUGAUGAACCUGAUGCGGCUCGAGGAGCAGCUGAGCCCCAGGUCUAGAACUUUCUCCAGCUGUGCAAAGGAGGACGGGUAUCACGAACGAGACGACGACACCACCUCCGUGAACUCAGACAGGUCUGAGGAGGUGUUUGACAUGACCAAGGGAAACCUGACCCUCCUGGAGAAAGCCAUUGCUUUGGAAACAGAGAGAGCGAAGGCCAUGAGGGACAAGAUGGCGAUGGAGGCCGGAAGGCGGGACAAUGUGCGGUCGUACGAGGAGCAGUCGCCAAGACAGCUUCCCGGGGAGGAGAGGAAGCCUAAGUCCAGUGACAGCCAUGUCAAAAAGCCAUACUAUGGUAAAGAUCCCUCGAGAGCAGAAAAGAAAGAGAGCAAGUGUCCCACCCCGGGGUGUGAUGGAACCGGCCACGUAACCGGGCUUUACCCACAUCACCGCAGUCUGUCCGGAUGCCCGCACAAAGAUAGGGUCCCUCCGGAAAUUCUUGCCAUGCAUGAGAAUGUUCUCAAGUGUCCCACUCCGGGCUGCACAGGGCGAGGGCAUGUAAAUAGCAACAGGAACUCACACAGAAGCCUCUCCGGAUGCCCUAUUGCUGCAGCAGAAAAACUGGCAAAGGCCCAAGAGAAACACCAGAGCUGUGAUGUGUCCAAGUCCAACCAGGCCUCAGACCGAGUGCUAAGGCCAAUGUGCUUUGUAAAGCAGCUCGAGAUCCCUCACUACGGCUACAGAAACAACGUCCCCACGACCACGCCUCGCUCCAACCUGGCCAAAGAGCUGGAGAAAUAUUCCAAGACCUCGUUUGAGUACAACACUUACGACAGCCAUACUUAUGGCAAGCGGGCCAUAGCUCCCAAGGUGCAAACCAGGGACAUAUCCCCCAAAGGAUAUGAUGCGAAGCGGUACUGCAAGAACGCCAGCCCCAGCAGCAGCACCACCAGCAGCUACGCGCCCAGCAGCAGCAGCAACAUGAGCUGCGGCGGGGGCAGCAGCGCCAGCAGCACGUGCAGCAAGAGCAGCUUCGACUACGCGCACGACAUGGAGGCGGCCCACAUGGCUGCCACGGCCAUCCUCAACCUGUCCACGCGCUGCCGCGAGAUGCCGCAGAACCUGUCCACCAAGCCGCAGGACCUGUGCGCCGCGCGGAACCCUGACAUGGAGGUGGAUGAGAACGGGACUCUGGACCUCAGCAUGAACAAGCCACGGCCACGGGAGAGCUGCUGCCCGGUCCUGACGCCCCUGGAGCCCAUGUCCCCCCAGCAGCAGGCGGUGAUGGGCAGCCGGUGCUUCCAGCUGGGAGAAGAUGACUGCUGGGAGCUGCCCGUGGACUACACCAAGAUGAAGCCUCGCAGGGCAGACGGGGGUGACACUACCGAGGUCCCUCCGGAAGACUUGGACCCAUUCCAGGACGCUCUGGAGGAGAGAAGGUACCCGGGAGAGGUGACCAUCCCCAGCCCCAAGCCCAAGUACCCCCAGUGCAAGGAGAGCAAGAAGGACUUAAUAACUCUGUCGGGCUGCCCCCUCGCCGACAGAAGCAUCCGGAGCAUGCUGGCCACCAGCUCGCAAGAACUCAAGUGCCCCACCCCUGGCUGUGAUGGCUCCGGGCACAUCACCGGGAACUACGCUUCUCACCGGAGUCUUUCAGGUUGCCCGAGAGCAAAGAAGAGCGGCAUCAGGAUAGCGCAGAGCAAGGAAGACAAAGAAGACCAGGAGCCCAUCAGGUGUCCCGUUCCCGGGUGUGACGGCCAGGGCCACAUAACCGGGAAGUACGCCUCCCAUCGCAGCGCGUCAGGGUGCCCCUUGGCCGCCAAGAGACAGAAGGACGGGUACCUCAAUGGCUCGCAGUUCUCCUGGAAGUCGGUCAAGACAGAGGGCAUGUCGUGUCCCACGCCGGGCUGUGAUGGGUCGGGGCACGUCAGCGGCAGCUUCCUCACACACCGGAGCUUGUCGGGGUGCCCACGAGCCACGUCAGCCAUGAAGAAGGCGAAGCUGUCGGGAGAGCAGAUGCUGACCAUCCGACAACGGGCCAGCAACGGCAUAGAAAAUGAUGAAGAAAUCAAACAGUUAGACGAAGAGAUCAAGGAGCUCAAUGAGUCCAACUCCCAGAUGGAGGCCGACAUGAUUAAACUGAGAACUCAGAUCACCACCAUGGAGAGCAGCCUGAAGACCAUUGAGGAGGAGAACAAAGUGAUCGAGCAGCAGAACGAGUCUCUUCUCCACGAGCUGGCCAACCUGAGCCAGUCCUUAAUUCAUAGUCUAGCUAACAUCCAGCUGCCGCACAUGGAUCCAAUCAAUGAACAAAAUUUUGAUGCAUACGUGACUACUUUGACGGACAUGUAUACAAAUCAAGACCGUUAUCAGAGCCCAGAAAAUAAAGCCCUACUGGAAAAUAUAAAGCACGCUGUGAGAGGAAUCCAGGUGUGAGCAGCGGCCAUAGUGGCGGGAUCUUGUCUGAAAGGGGGCCUCUCGCCCCUUUGCUGCUGUGACUCACCAGGAAGUGUCAUAUACUUAUUUCUGUUCGAAACAGUGUUAUGCUUACAAGACUUCAUAAUGAUUUUCUGUCUUGCUUUAAAGAUAGUUACCUGCAGAAUAGUUUUGAAUACAUUCACAUUUUGUACGUUUUCAUAUGAGCUGACAUAGUGAGACAAUGCCAUGUAAUGUUUAUAGCUGCUAAUGUCUGCACAUGGGGUAUAUAUAUUUCUGAAGAGGUAAGCUGAUCAAAAUAAAUAGAGUGUAAAUUCUUUUUAAUGCUUUAGUGAUUAAAUGUCUUAGUAUUUUGAACUGAAAUGGACAAAAAAAAACCCCACAGCUUUGAAUGGUCAUGUGGUGGCCUUGCAGCCACGUUUUAGACGUUAUCAUUUUGCCUCAUGUUGGAGGAUUUUAUGGAAUUAAGAAAUACAUUUUGUGUGCAUAUUGUUUCAUAGCAAGAAUUGGUUGCAAAAAAUGCUUUAUUUUUGAACAAUGCUUGGAAAUAUUAUGUGAUUUUUUUGUUUGUUUGUUUUAGGAGGAUGGUGUAUGGUGGGGGCAGUAAAUGAGGUUUUUUGCAUUCCAAGGAAAUGGCAUAUGGAUUAACUGUAAGAGAUGAGAUAAGUAAUUUAUUGUAAGACAACAUCAAGCCAUGGGAAUUUGACAGAAGAUUCAAAGCAGCUUAAACAGCACUUUUAAGUUAACUCCUGAGCAUUACAUGGUGUGACUCUGGGAACUUCCGUUCAGACAGGGGCUUGUUAGAGGCGGACCUCGCGAAGAUGUCCUUUCGCAGUGUCUGUAGACUUUGGAGCAGACGUCCCCUGUCUCCCCGAGAGCGCUGUGCCCCUCGGAACCGUCUGUCAUUGCAGUGGCGUGUGUCUCGCAGAACCUGUGUGCUCUCAUUUCAGUUCAAAGCUAAUUUAAGAGUAUUUAUUCCCCUCUCUCCACUUUCAGAAAUGAUUACUGUCCUUGUUGCCGUGACCGUUCCUCCACAUGCGGGGGAUGAGGCAGAUGGCGUGCCCGUCCGUGAGCCGCUGCACACGCUCUCUGCGGGGCUGGGGGGCUGGCCGCCCAAAGCAGCGCGGCGGGACGGCGCCGCGGGCUCCGCGGGGCACGGGUCCCGUCCCCCCCGCUGGGGGCUCUGCAAAUGACCUGUCUGCUCCACCUCCCCUUGGAGACCAGGUGACCGCGUGGCGUUUGCAGAGCCUUGCUGUUUGAUUGGUCACCACCUAUUCUAAGAAUGAAUGCAAUCAGAUUUUAAGAGUACUUAUCUAUACUGGAGCACUUUUUUGCUUUACGCUAGAUCAUCUUAGACUUGCUUAUACUUGGAGAGUCGAUUGUUUUCUUCCAAUGACUGCACUAUAUGUAUGCAUAAGACCACUUUUGAUUGCCGCGUCCCUCUCUGAGUAGUCCCUAGGACGGCGUGUUGUGUUUUCUGGUGUUGACUUGAGUUACAUGUGACAGCAUCUCUUCCUUCCAUGUCUUGAUGUUAUGCAGGAAGUACAGAAGUACUUUAAAAUUUUGUUAUGAAAAAAAAAAGAUGGGUUUUGUAAAAAUAAAAAAAAAUAUUUUUAGCAGAACAGGACUUACAGGGUCAUUGUCCCCACAACGUGCCAGUCGACUAUUUGCACUUACCUUGUCCUAUAUAUCCGUACGGAGGUGUGCAAUUCCUGGGGUCAGCGGCCUCGUGAGGCUGACCCCGGAAGGAUGAGGGGAGCCCUCACGGCUGACCCGACGAUGUUGCUACGGGAGAUUACAGGGAUCUCACAGCAAAUAUUCUGAUACAAUACUCAACCUCGGUGUAUAUAUACGUAUAAAUAUAUGUACAUCCCAGCGGCACUUUAUACUGCUCACUGUACAAACGCUUACAGGUUUCCGCAAGGACUUGAGUAUCCAGCUGGGACAGAUGAUGUAAUUCCCGGGGCUCUGCAGCGCCUUCCCUGGAGAGCGCCCUCUUUCUGUUGUGCGAGUAGUUGUAGCUGCCACGCUCAGAACUGCCUUUCCAGAGCUGAAGCCAGGUGCUCCUCGUCACCUGAGGCCACAGACCCGUGGGGGCCCCUCCCUGCAGGGCCGUCGUUCGUCUGGGCGUAUGCAUUUCCCCGCCACGUAGUGUCCGCAGCUUCUUUGCCGAUAUAGUAAUGCUUUCAGUAGAGUGAUAGGUAGUCUCAGUUUUGGAUUCUUCUUGUUAUCACCUAUGUACAAUGGAAAGGGGUUUUAAGCACAAAUCUGCUGCUCAUCUAAUGUUGGUACAUAAUAUCAAAUCAAAAGUUAUCUGUGACUAUUCUAUAGGGAUCACAAGUGUCACAUAUUAGAAUGCUGACCUUUCAUAUGGAAUUAUUGUGUCAUCAGAGUCUAUUUAUUAUAACUUAUUGUUCAUUAUCAUUUCUAAGUUAAUUUAAGGAAUCAUUUAUUAAGACAGAAUUUUGUAUAAAUAUUUACUGUGCUCUCUGUGGAACUGAAGUUUCAUUUAUUUUUGUACUACACGGCAUGGGUUUGUGGACACUUUAAUUUUGCUAUAAAUGUGUGGAAUCACGAGUUGCAGUGACACUUCAUUUUUAAAUUGUGAACUUUGUACAAAUUUUGUCAUGCUGGAUGUUAACACAUCUUACUCUAAAUAAAAACGGUGUUGCCA